AUGAUGUCGAUACCAUUCAUGGAUCAAUCAGUAACAUCUAUAAUAUCAUCGACAACACUUUUUGAUCCUGUAACACGAUAUCAAUCGAAUACUUCUAAUCCUUCCGGUUCAUUGCCAGUAUGGAAAUCAUAUUUAUAUAAUUUACAAAUGCAAGCACCGAAACCAGCUCCAAUCAUAUGUCGGACGUCGCAACCACGUCGUCCUCGACAGUAUGGCUUAGAAUUUCAUGGUCUUUUAUCACGUACAGAUGCCGAUCAGUUAAUGGCAACAUCUACUGAUGGUUCCUAUCUUGUUCGUGAAUCACUAAAUCCACCUGAUUCAUAUACAUUAGCUAUAAAAUUCAAUGGUGAAGUUAAAUAUUAUAAAUUAUACUUCGAUGUUCCAACAUCUACACAUUAUGUCGGAGAAAAACAUUUCGAUACACUGAAUGAUCUUGUGCAUGAUGGUUUAAUAUCAUUUUAUUUAGAAUCAAAAGCAAGUGAUUAUAUUGCUUUAAUGGCAUGUGAUUCACAAUGCUAUACUAACGAAAGUCCAUAUGGACAGUAUAAAGCACAAUUGUUACAUAGAGCACAAACACAAACUACUAUAUCUAAUCGAGUUUCAUCAUCACUCACAAACAAUGAAAUGAAUCAGUCAAUAAUAAAUUCUCAAAUAACAAAUACGGAUCAAACGGGAUUUAACUAUCGGCACUCUUUAACAAGUAAUUCACCAAUAAUAGAACGUCAUUCAUCUUUGAGAAUAUCACCAACAAAAACUGUUAAUAAUAAUACUAAUAACAAUUCCAAUCGAAAAUUAGCAUCGGCAAAUCCAUUAUUCUUUGAUCGCAUUCUUUUGAUGCAAGCUGAAAAAGCGCAUAAUUUUAAAAUGCAUUCAUUUAAAGGACCACACUGGUGUGAUUAUUGUGCUAAUUUUCUCUGGGGUCUUGUUCAGCAAGGUGUUAAAUGUGCUGAUUGUGGAUUUGAAGCACAUAAACGUUGUUCAGAAAAAGUACCACAAGAUUGCGUACCUCAUAUGAAAUAUCUCAAAUCGAUAUUUGGUGUCGAUUUGACUACAUUGAUUAAAGCCACAACACCAGCCUCAUCAGUUGCUUCAUUAACACCAGUUGUACUCGAGAAGUGUGUUAAUGAAAUUGAAGCACGCCCUCAUGCACUUGAUACUGAAGGCAUUUAUCGAAUAGCUGGAUUUUCUGAUACUGUCGAAGAGAUCAAACUAGCAUUCGAACGUGAUUGUGAUCAUGUUGAUCUAUCUCAAGAGCGCUAUCCAGAUAUUCAUGCAAUAACGUGUGUUUUGAAACUGUAUCUAAGACAAUUACCAAUUCCGCUUAUCAGUUUCGAUGUUCAGACACAAUUACUUGAACUUCGCCCAUCAUCUUUAUGCGUGACAACAAUCCGUUCAAUUAUUCGUCGUUUACCACCAGCUCAUUUUUAUACAUUAAAAUAUCUGUGUGAACAUCUAUUAAAAGUUUCUCAACACUCAAUGCACAAUCAAAUGACCAUGGAAAAUUUAGCUAUUGUAUUUGGUCCAACCAUUAUGCGUUCAGAAAAUCCUGAUCCAAUGGUCGGCUUGAAAAAUUCUAAAUCAAUUCAACGUUUACUUGAAAUACUUAUUGAACAAGGACAUGAUAUAUUUACUUUUUAG